UUUUGCCCCUGAAGGUAACUCAAAUUCCCGCUUGCGCCUCCCGACAGCCGCAAACUGUGUUCUGUCUGUAAGGGUUUUAGUCCCCAUUUGCAAAAAGAUGGCUCGUGAAUUCUAAUCUCUCUUCUUCUUCUUCUUCUUCUCGCAAUCAAGCAGGAAUAUACAAAGAUGCACUCUCUAAAGACUACUUGCGCUGGGCAGAUAUUUGCUCUCGCCAAGCCACACGACUCUGUAGGCAAGAGGACACGUAAUCGGAUUCCCAAAGAGGAGAGGAAGACACUGGUCAAAUCUUUCAUCAACAAGCAUCAAAGGCUAAACAAUGGGAGCUUUCCUUCACUUAGCCUCACUCACAAGGAGGUGGGUGGCUCUUUCUACACCAUUAGAGAGAUUGUCAGAGAGAUCAUCCAAGAAAAUAGAGUCCUUGGUACUACUGACUUGAUUCUUGACAGCAAAGGCGGUGAUGAUGACCAGUUGCAGGAUCAAACUCUUUCAAGAUCCACUGUCGUGAUGGAUCCUGUGCCCCCUCUAUCUUUGUCUCCAGACGGAUUACAUUCUCCAUCCGAGCCUGUGGAGGCUAAGUCACCUGUAAACGGUGGAUACUUUAACUGUAGGAAGGCUGGCGUGGAAGUGAAUGGACAUCAACUUUCCGAAUCGGUGGGCUCUUCUACUGACGUAUCCAGGACUCAGGUAGCAGCAUCAUCUUGCAGUGAAGAGAUUGAUACCAAGCAUGAUGAUGAUGGGGAGACAAUAUGUGAUAGUCUUGACGUCAAACCCCAGGAUAAAGAAGUCGAGGUGGAUAACAAAGACAUAGAGUUACAUUUCGUUGAACUAGAAGGCAAAAACCUUUUGAACAAUAACCAAAGUGGGAAAGAUGAUAAAGCAGAAAUCAAGGAUACAUUAGGCACAAUUGAUUUGUUGCCAGAGGAAACAGUUGUUGAGGCAUUCUCAGUAACUUCUAGUGAGUUGGCUAAAGUUUGUGAGGCUGGGAAAGAAACUGAGGCAAAGGUGGAAAAUGAUAGCAGCACUGAAGAUCUUGUAGAGAUUCCUUCAUCCAUUUCUGCUGUACCUGAAGAACAAGGGACUGAAGAAGUCAUUGUUGUUGGUCAAAUGCCAAAUCAUGUCUCUGUCACUAUAGAAAAGAAAGUUGAAGAGAAAGCUGUGACUGGCAACAUCCAUGACACUAAGGAAUUUCGUAAUGGAAGUUUAACAACUGAACAGCCAGUGCCAACUUCUGGUACUGAGUCUGGAAGUUGUAAGAACGAGAUAGCAAGGAGUGAAGUCACAAGCGUAGAGAAGAAGGCAACCGUGGAAAAAGGGAAACUCGAUGCUUCGAGCUCUCAGAAAGGAAACGUUGCAACGUUAAACCGAAUUAAACCUGAAUCGUGGAAAGGGAAAUCUAAUGUGGAAGGACAGGAAACAAACCCCCUUUUGGCAGUUCUGAAAUCGUUUUUGACAGCCUUUGUGAAGUUCUGGUCCGAGUAAUAAUAUAUUAUAGAGAUAUGCUGUUUCAGUAUUAGUAGUUUUUGUUACUGAGAGUUGCUAAGGUUAAAAGAUGAGAUAUGGUUUGCAAUGUACUGUACAAUUUUUUGGGUGUUGAAGGGUUAAAUUAUAUGAAUGUAGUUUAAUCCUCAA